AUGGAUGAGAACCAAAGCAGUAUAGAGACCAAUGACACAACGGCAGGGAACCCGGCCGCAGGAGAGCAGCAGCAGAUCAGCGCCGACAGUUUCAUUGUCCUCUUUAUCUUCAGCCUGAUCUUCUGCCUCGGGGUCCUGGGCAACUCGCUGGUUAUCACGGUGCUGGCCCGCAGCAAACCGGGCAAAACGCUCAGCACCACUAACAUCUUCAUCCUCAACCUGAGCAUCGCUGACCUCUCCUACCUGCUGUUCUGCAUCCCCUUCCAGGCCACCUACUACGUGCUGCCCCGCUGGAUCUUCGGCGGCUUCAUUUGCAAGUUUGUCCACUACUUCUUCACCGUGUCGGUGCUGGUCAGCAUCUUCACCCUGUCGGCCAUGGCCGUGGACCGUUACAUCGCUAUUGUUCACUCGCGAAAGUCCUCCUGCAUUCGGGUGUCCAGGAACGCCGUCCUCAGUGUGAUCUUCAUCUGGCUCCUGUCCCUAGCCACCGCUUCGCCGGUCGCUUAUUACCACAUGCUGGUUCACAAGAAGGACCAGGGUCCCUUCUGCUGGGAGAACUGGACUGUCCUCAGUCACAGGCAGAUCUACAAGGUGGCCACUUUCGUGGUGGGCUACCUACUGCCCCUGCUUCUCAUCUGCUACUGUUAUGCCAAGGUGCUGAAUCACUUGCACAAAAAAUUGCGCAAUAUGUCGAAGAAAUCAGAAACAUCUAAGAAAAAGACUGCCCAAACGGUGCUGGUGGUGAUUGUCGUCUUCUGCAUUUCCUGGCUGCCAAACCAUGUGAUCAACCUGUGGACUGAGUUUGGUAGCUUCCCACUCACGGAUGCCUCCUUUGCCUUCAGGAUAGCCGCACACUGCCUGGCUUACAGCAACUCCUCCGUCAACCCUAUCAUUUAUGCCUUCCUUUCGGAGAAUUUCCGCAAGUCCUACCAGCAAGUGUUCAAAUGUAAGAUCCGCAGUACCUCCCCCUUAAAUGAUGGCAAGGAAUAUCGAACACAGUCUGAAGUCAUGCCAUCUACCAGCUGUACCAAUGUGUGA